CCUCCCCUUCAGUCUUGCACAGGUGUACCUGCUCCUCCCCUUCAGUCUUGCCCAGGUGUACCGGCUCCUCCCCUUCAGUCUUGCCCAGGUGUAGCGGCUCCUCCCCUUCAGUCUUGCACAGGUGUACCGGCUCCUCCCCUUCAGUCUUGCCCAGGUGUACUGGCUCCUCCCCUUCAGUCUUGCCCAGGUGUACUGGCUCCUCCCCUUCAGUCUUGCCCAGGUGUACCGGCUCCUCCCCUUCAGUCUUGCCCAGGUGUACCGGCUCCUCCCCUUCAGUCUUGCACAGGUGUACUGGCUCCUCCCCUUCAGUCUUGCUCAGGUGUAUUGGCUCCUCCCCUUCAGUCUUGCACAGGUAUACUGGCUCCUCCC